AUGAGCGUGGAGAACAGCGGCGACGUCGCGCUGGAGGGCGCCAGCUUCAGCGAGUGCGCGGGUGCCUAUUACGGAGGAGGUAUGCGCGUGUUCAACAGCGGCGUCGUCUCGCUGGACGGCGCCAGCUUCAGCGAAUGCACGGCUGUUUGGGGAGGAGGUAUGAGCGUGGAGAACAGCGGCGACGUCUCGCUGGAGAGCGCCCGCUUUGUCCGUUGCACGAGUCACGUUCAAGCGGCUCUUUAUCUCAAUGGCAUCAAGCGCCUAGCUCUCGCCAACUCGCAGUUUGUCGACAGCAUCGCGAGCGGAACCCCCGCUGCACUCUUCUUCUCCUCCCGCAUCGCUACCUCCGGCUCGAUCCUCCGCAACACGACCUUCUUCGGCAACUCUGCGCCAGGCAACAUCGCGAUCCUCGCCGCCUCGCCUCUAAUGUGGGACUGCCCGCUCGGAUCUUGGAUGCCGAACGUCGGCCAGAUCAUCGGCGACCUGUCCGGCUGCAACAGGCUCUGCGCCGAGGGAACUACGGGACGCGCGUUCUUGCGCGGUCGAGAUAGCACGGAUCUAGCGUCAUCCAUCCCAAUGUAG